CAACUUGAAAGCCAAACUCAAGUGUUCAACAAUUCAAAACGGUGCGGUUCACACUGUCGACCAUGUUGGGCUAGAAAACAGUUUAAAACAGAGUGUUCUACGUACAGAAAAUACAGUGAGUGAAGUAACAAAGAAAGAAAGGUCAAAGAUGAAGGCAUUGGGAUGGUGGCUGAUGCUGGUGGGUUUUCUUCGGUUGGCCUCCGUAUGGUUCGGCUUCUUCGAUAUUUGGGCUCUCAGACUUGCUGUAUUCUCCAACACUACCAUGACCGAAGUUCAUGGAAGGACAUUUGGGGUCUGGACGCUUUUGACAUGCACUCUUUCUGUUCUUUGUGCAUUUAACCUUGAGAACAAGCCACUAUAUUCAGCAACCUUUUUAUCAUUUGUGUAUGCUCUUGGCCAUUUUUUGACUGAAUACUUAAUAUAUCAGACAAUGGCUAUCGCAAAUCUUACAACUGUUGGCAUCUUCGCAGGCACAUCAAUCAUUUGGAUGCUGUUGCAGUGGAAUGCACAUCAACCGAUCCAUCACAAGGAUUCUUGAUAAUGGAUAACCCAAUGACUUCCUAGUUCAAACGCUGGAAAUUUUCAUGAUUUAUCCCGUUGGGACUUCUUUCUACAAUUUAGUCAUCAAGUCUUUCUAUGUAAACUUCCACACAAUUUCUGAAGUGUAUUUUCAUCAAAAACCUUUGUCUGCAGAUUAGAUUUUGCCUGUGUCUCACUUUUGAUUAAAUAUAAACACAGUACAGCACAGCAUAUUGGUAAAUGUGAACAUAAUUUACAAAUUUUUUCUUUA